GGUUUUCUGCUGUUGUAGCCCAUCCGCCUCAAGGUUGUACGUGUUGUGGCUUCACAAAUGCUUUGCUGCAUACCUAGGAUCAACAAGGCAUUUUCGCCCACAGGACUGCCGCAUACUGGUUGUUUUUCCUUUUUUACACCAUUCUUUGUAAACCCUAGAAAUGGGUGUGCGUGAAAAUCCCAGUAACUGAGUGAGCAGAUUGUAAAAUACUCACAUUGGCUCGUCUGGCAUCAACCAUGCCACGCUCAAAAUUGCUUAAAUCACCUUUCUUUCCCAUUCUGACAUUCAGUUUGGAGUUCAGAAGAUCAACUGCCAUGUUGAUUGGUUUAUAAGAUAAUUGCACUAAUGAGAAAUUGAACAUGUGUUCCUAAUAAUCCUUUAGAGUUUAUAUUGUGAUGCUGAUGGGGAGUCGCCGCACACUAAAAGCAGUUCUCAUUGACUUGAGCGGUACUUUGCAUAUUGAGGAUGCUGCAGUUCCUGGAGCACAGGAGGCUUUGGCCCGAUUAAGACAGGCUCCAGUCGCUGUGAAAUUUGUGACCAACACCACAAAGGAAUGUAAGAGGACCCUUUUUGAGCGGCUGCGCCGGCUGAACUUUGACCUCCAAGAGCAGGACAUUUUCACAUCUCUCACUGCAGCUCGUAAUCUUCUGGAGCAGAGAGCAGUGCGCCCCCUACUGCUGGUGGAAGAUAGUGCUUUAGAGGAUUUCACAGGUUUGGAAACUUCGGAUCCUAAUGCAGUCGUGAUAGGUUUAGCACCUGACCACUUCAACUACCAGACUCUCAACAAAGCUUUCAAGUUAAUUUUAGAUGGUGCUCUUCUCAUUGCGAUCCAUAAGGCACGGUACUACAAAAGAAAGGACGGGUUGGCUUUAGGACCGGGCCCUUUUGUGACAGGUCUCGAGUAUGCGACUGACACCCAAGCCACAGUUGUGGGUAAACCAGAGAAAGCUUUCUUCCUGGAAGCUUUACGAGAUCUUAACUGCUCACCUGAUGAGGCUGUAAUGAUAGGAGACGAUGCCAGAGAUGAUGUUGGUGGAGCACAGAACACAGGAAUGCUUGGAAUUUUAGUGAAAACUGGUAAAUAUAGACUUGGCGAUGAGAGUAAAAUCAACCCUCCACCUCACCUGACCUGUGACAGCUUUCCAGAUGCUGUCAAUCAUAUACUUGAGCACCUGUUAGAAACUAAAUGAUCUAAAAAUGCUAUAAAAAAUAAUAAGGUAGUAUAGUUUGAUAAGUGUUGGACUGUCUGUUGGCAAUGUUAGCAUCUGUCAUGGUCAUCUGAAAAUAUGUAAAUACAUAAUAAAGUUGUUACACUCCA